AUCCAGUAUAUAAGGCGAGGCGAGAAGCCACAGGACACAGUCAAUCCUUAGACAGUCAGCAGUCAACAUGAACACAAAGGUCUUCUUCCUCCUGGCGGGCGUGGCCGUGGCUCUCGCUGCCCCUGACCGCCCCGUGACCAGCUACGGCGUCCCCAGGGACUCCGACUCCUUCGAGCACUUCCGCCCCUCCUCCCGCUCCUUCGAGCGCUCUGCCUCCUUCGAACACUUCCGCCCCUCCUCUUCCUCCCGCUCCUUCGAGUCCUACGAGUCCGACGAGUCCACCGAGGCCAAGUACGCCUUCCGGUGGUCCGUGGAGGACGAGUCCACCGGCAACGACUUCGACCACGAGGAGGCCCGUGACGGCGACGACACCCAGGGCGUGUACACCGUGAGGCUUCCCGACAGCCGCCUGCAAACCGUCACUUACAUCGUGGACGGUAACGACGGCUACGUGGCCGACGUCAAGUACGACGGCGUGGCUCGCUUCCCCGACUCCUACUCCCGCGAGUCCUUCGAGUCCGCCUCAGGCUCCUUCGAGAGAUACGCUCCCCCCAGGAGGACCUACUUCGCCCCUGGCUCCAACGAGUCCAAGUAAACUCCUGACGACCCGGGCCGCCUCCCUUCGUCACUUGCCAGAACCUUCCCCUCACAAGACCCUCACUAUGGAUAACUUAACUAAAUUAUUUGUAUUUAUUCCAUUAAAUUAUGAAUGAGC